UAGAUGGAGAACUAAAAUGUUAAUCUCGAAAGUUUAGGGAGAAAGUAGUAAUUUUCAACUUUUUUUUCUUUUCUUUUUUUUUUUUUCCUAAAAAAAGGGUUUUAAAGAAAAAAGAAACGUGAGCAUUAGCAAGAGCAGAGAAGAGAAGAGAAGAGAAGGGCAAAGAAUGUCGAUUCUGUGGGAGAAGAGCGAGACUUGGAGAUGGCUAGUCAGGAAAACCAGAGAUUCCAAGUCCUUCUUCUUCACUUUCGCCACCGCCUGUGGCCUCGUUCCCUGCCUUAUUGGCUACUGCGUUAUGCAAGCUACUAAUUCCACCAACCAACAACUCGAAGCUCGCCUCCGCCAAAAUGCUAGGCCUGAAUCUCUUAUGAUGGGGCAAGUAAACCGAGAGAGACUAGCAGAAUAUCUAGGUGAGCUGCAGAGGAAAGAAGACACAAAUGAUCGCUAUGUUGCUGCUUUGGAAGGAAAGACGUUGACAAGGAAGCCAUAUGUGAGAAUUCAACCAAUCCCGAAUCAAAGCAACGAUGCCACUGUCAAGGAACAACAGAUCAAGAAGGAAAACAAAUAAGUGGGUAUGUGCCGUUGAGAUCUUUGGAACGUUUUCUUACUAUUUUAGGGGUAUAUCAUUACAGUGCAGGUUCUUAAAGUUUAAACUUUGUACGAAAAUGGUAUGAUAUAAGUUUAUAACAACUAACUCUUUCUGAA